CUCAACCUCAACCUCAACAAGAAUUGCAUCCACAACAACAUCGGCAUCGGCAAAGAAUGUUGCCUACACCAGAAACUGAUACUGAUGCUGAAUCAUCCUAUCCUCCUCAACAGUCACGGAAGCAAAAGAAGGACAAGAAAGGAAAACCACUUUGUCGAACUUGCUAUCCUAUAAGUGAGUAUGAAGGAUUUGAUGCUGUUCAAUUUAUCAAGAUGGUGCCACAUGCAACCAGGCCAAUCCGAGCAACCGAUGGAGCUGUUGGUUAUGAUCUAACCUCAAUAGCUAUGUAUGUUAUUCCAGCCUAUGGAAGAACAUUAAUUUCUACGGGUUUAGCCAUGGAAAUACCCUGUGGAAUGUAUGGAAGAAUUGCCCCAAGAUCAGGGCUUGCCUUGCUACACGGCAUCGAUGUUGGCGCAGGAGUAAUUGACCCUGAUUACAGAGGAGAAAUUAAGGUCCUUCUCUUUAAUCAUAAUCAGGAGGAAUUUGAAGUGCGCGCUGGUGACAGAAUUGCUCAGAUCAUCUUUGAGAAGGUUUCUUUACCAAGAAUGGUGGAGAAAGAUGCUCGCAAUCUCUGUGACAUUCGGAAUGAUGAAAGAGAACGUAGGCCCUUAGUCUCUUUGAGUGUUUCUUCUGGAAAUUGGGCUACUUUGGUUACAACAUGUGGCUGUAGCUUUAUCUUCCCUUCCCCAAUUGUUGACCCAAGAAAAUCUAUCUGGGCUUUGGCAAUUUUCAUCUUCGUUGGGCUUAGGAUGAGCCCAUUCUUCUUGCAAAUUUCCAACAUGGAUUUUAUGUGCUUCACAUGCGUCCUUUCAUCUGGAGAGAAAACCAGGAUAUCAUCAAUGUAG